AGUUGUCAAGACGUUAAGAUAUCAAAGAACACUGGAAAUACCAUGUCGAAAAUACGUCCAUUACCACCAUGGCUGCAAAAAGUGGCCAUUGAAGAAUUAAAUGAAGAUCCCAGCAGAAUUGAAAAUGAUUUACAAACACUAAAGACCUGGAUAGAUCAACAGCCCCAUUUGAGAGCACGUACCGAUGAUCAAUUUCUGUUGGCCUUUUUGAGGGGCUGUAAAUAUAGUUUGGAAAAGGCUAAAUCGAAAAUUGAUAAAUACUAUAUGUUAAGAUCAAAAUUUCCCGAAUUGUUUGCUUUAAGAGAUUUGGAUGAUGAUAAAAUAAAGGAAAUUAUAAGAAUUGGUUUUGGUGUGGUGCUGCCUACACCCUUAAAUGAAACUGGUCCCAGAAUUAUGCUAGUACGCAAUGGCAUUUAUGAUCCUAAUAAAUAUGAUUUUCUUGAUAUAAUGCGCGUGGCCCAGGCUUAUAAUGAGAUCAUUAUGUGGGAAGAUGAUGUGGCCAUUAUAAAUGGUUUUGUUCAUAUAUCCGACUUGAAAGGCUGGACCAAACAACACUUCUUUAAAGUAACACCCAGUAUGAUGAAAAAAGUAAUGGUUUAUUCCGAAGAUGCCAUGCCCUUAAGACCCAAAGCCUCGCAUGUGAUUAAUGCCCCCUCUGUUUUUGAGUCCGUUUUUAAUGUGUUCAAGCAUCUGAUGACGGAAAAACAAGUGAAUAGGAUGACUAUUUAUGGCUCGAAUAUUGAGAAAAUGUAUGAAAAAAUCCCCUUGAAAUAUUUACCCAAAGAAUAUGGUGGUGAAAAUGGUUCUAUACCCGAACUAAUUGCGGAAUGGGAACAGAAAAUUUUAUCGUAUAGAGAUUAUUUUCUAGAAGAGGCCAACUAUGGUACCGAUGAGCACUUAAGGCCUGGUAAACCUAUUGAUUUUGAUAAUAUUUUUGGUAUGGAAGGUUCAUUUAGGAAAUUGAAUGUUGAUUAAAUAAAAAGUUA